AUGAGCACCCUCUUCGUAUUCCGGCUCGUAUGGGGACUAACGAGGCACUGGUCACAGGCUGCCGACACCUUCGACAAUGACUCCGCCCUAUCGAUACUAUAUAUCAACAAGGCGUACAAACCAAGCGCCCUCGAGCCCGGCGGAUGGUUUGAGAUGCAAGACAUCGUUAUUCCCUACCGCAGCGACGAUGGAACCCUUGAGCCCGACUCUCCCCUCGGACGUCUUGGUGGUCUCUUCCGCGACGCCAGCCACGCCCUUAAGCGCCCCAUGGAUGUCGCAGUCCAGUACAGGGGCAUGAUGGGGAAGGCUGGCUUCACUAAUCUCGUCGAGCGCGAAUUCAAGUGGCCGCUCAACACGUGGCCCAAGGACCGCCGAUACAAAGAGAUUGGUGCCUGGACGUUCCAGAACUACAACCUAGGCCUCGAGGGCUUGACCCUGGCGUUAUUCACAAGGGCGCUGAAUUGGACGUCGGAGGAGACAUUGGCAUACUGCGCGGAACGCAGGCUUGUUGUCUACGGUCAGAAGCCCGAAAAAUGA